UCAAUUUCUGCUCACUUCCUGAAUUACUGAAACGAGCUAACUCACUCUAUUACUGCGGGUGAUUUGAUCCAUUCAAGAUGUUCUUGACAAGAUCGGAGUAUGACAGAGGGGUGAACACUUUCUCACCAGAAGGAAGGCUUUUUCAAGUCGAGUAUGCGAUUGAAGCCAUCAAGUUGGGAUCAACGGCUAUUGGUAUCCAGACAUCAGAGGGGGUAUGUCUUGCUGUGGAGAAGAGGAUAACAUCUCCGUUGAUGGAGCCAAGCAGUAUUGAAAAGAUUGUAGAAAUUGACUCUCACAUUGGCUGUGCUAUGAGCGGCUUAAUAGCUGAUGCAAAAACGCUUAUUGACAAAGCUAGAGUGGAAACACAGAACCACUGGUUCACCUACAAUGAGACUAUGACUGUAGAGAGUGUGACUCAGGCUGUGUCUAACCUGGCCCUGCAGUUUGGGGAGGAGGAUGCUGACCCAGGGGCAAUGAGCCGUCCCUUUGGUGUCGCGCUACUGUUUGGAGGUGUGGAUGAGAAAGGACCACAACUGUACCAUAUGGAUCCAUCCGGCACCUUUGUACAGUGUGAUGCCCGGGCUAUUGGCUCAGCGUCGGAGGGCGCACAAAGCUCUCUUCAGGAAGUUUACCACAAGUCCAUGACGUUAAAAGACGCCAUCAAGUCCUCCCUCACCAUUCUGAAACAGGUUAUGGAGGAGAAGCUGAAUGCAACCAACAUUGAGCUUGCCACAGUAGAACCGGGGAAGACCUUUCACAUGUACACUAAAGAAGAACUUGAGGAUGUUAUCAAAGACAUCUAAUGAUGCACUGAGCUCAUCUAGCCCAUCUGAUGUUUGAUAAAAGGAUUCUGGUGCAACUUUGCACAAAUCCUCGCGUCAGUUAAAAACCUUAUGGCACUCUUCCUGUGAUCCACGUUUUGCCGGUUCAAACAAGAAACUCUUCUUUAUAAAUAUAUUUUCUUUGUCAAUCCAGAAUAUUUCUACAGUUCUGUAUGGACCACAGAACAUCAGUACUUGUAGAGAAAAUAAAAUUAAUGGGGGGACUUUUGUUACAAAUCAUUGA